GCUUGGAGUAGAUAUAAAACAUGGAUUGAAGUGGAACCGACUGGAUCACACACACUGCAGCGAUGAGGUGCCUGGUCUUCGUUCUGCUCAUUGGAGCUGCUUUUGCCGCUGAAGACGACAAGAUCGUCGGAGGGUAUGAGUGCAAGCCCUACUCCCAGCCCCAUCAGGUGUCUCUGAACGCUGGGUACCACUUCUGUGGAGGCUCCCUGGUCAGCGAGAACUGGGUUGUGUCCGCAGCUCACUGCUCCAAGUCUCGUAUUGAGGUGCGUAUGGGAGAGCACCACAUCGGAGUCACUGAGGGCAGCGAGCAGUUCAUUAGCUCCUCCCAUAUCAUUACACACCCCUUCUUUAACCGCUACACCCUUGAGAAUGACGUCAUGCUGAUCAAGCUGAGCGAGCCCGCCACCCUCAGCCAGUACCUGCAGCCUGUGGCUCUGCCCACCAGCUGCGCCGCCGCUGGCACCAUGUGCACCGUCUCCGGCUGGGGCAACACCAUGAGCUCCAGUGAAACAUAUGUCCACAGGCUGCAGUGUGUGGACAUCCCCAUCCUGUCUGAUGAGGACUGUAACGCUUCCUACCCCAACAUGGUCGACCACACCAUGUUCUGUGCUGGAUACCUGGAAGGAGGCAAGGACUCCUGUCAGGGAGACUCUGGUGGACCCGUCGUGUGUAACGGUGAGCUGCAAGGCGUUGUGUCCUGGGGCUACGGAUGUGCAGAGAAGAACCACCCUGGUGUCUACGCCAAGGUGUGUGUGCAGACUGAGUGGCUGCGCAACACAAUGGCCAGCUAUUAACUCCACCAUUGAAGCCUCCACAUCAGACGCACAUUACCCACUGUCUAAAUCAACUUUGUUUUUGCUGGAGUGA